AUGGUGCAAGCUGUAGCUCGUGCGUUCGAUGUGCUCGUGAUGUCUGUACUCCUGACACUAUUCGUCGAUCAAGUGUCUUCUAGGCUAUGCAAUGGGGGACACGUCUGCUCUCCUCCAAAAGAGUGCUGUUCCUUUGGCUGUUGUUACACAGUAUUUCAACUGCACUCUGCAUCAGACAUGUUUAAUUUCUUGAUUUGGACUUAUUGGUAUUUAUGGGCAGCAGUGCUUGUCGGAUUGGCUAUAGCAGCAGCAUGUGGCUGUUGGUUAUGGAAACGUCAUCAUUCAUUUCGUCAUCGUUCAUGGUCUCCAGAAAUAGUAGAAGAUUUUACUUCCUCCGAUAGAGGAUCUUCAGUAUCCUGGUACUCACCACCUCGUUAUAGUCGUUCUGGUUCCUUUGUUCAAGCAUUACCACCUCCGUAUAAUGAGGUUACAGCCAAACCAAAUCUAUAUCCAUUAGUCAUUGGAUACGAUGAAGGAUCUGGUAAAGGAACUUCAGGAUUUGUAAUGCGUUAUUUUAGAUCACUCUCACAUGCAAGCACAUUAGAUUCAUUAGGUUCAAGUUUUAUGUGUAAUAUGGUGAACGAGGCAAAUACCAUAAUUCCACCACCGUAUUCGUGUAACAAUAGCGUUGACGAGUUGUCUGCAGUAGAAUGUGCAAGGAUGGAAAAUAUGGAUGUUGGAUCCGUUGUAUCAUUGGCUAAUCAUAGGACUACCUCUGACAUAUCGAGUUUAGCUGCUCAAUCUCCGUGUUCACCACCACGGGCUACUAGUCCAACAAUAGAGUUACGUGAAUUGUUAGAUAAAAUUCAACAAUUACCCCAACUACCGGGUGGACAUAGUACUGUAUUGUCUUGUUAUCAAAAUCGACCUCAAGUUUUAUGUACAUCGAAUGCAAAUGGCUCUACGCAACGGCCUUUAAGUCCAGGUGAUAUUGGAUCUUAUAAAACUAGACGGACGCGAGGAAAAAUGUACAUGCCAUUAGGACUUCCAAGUUCGAAGAACAAGACUAGACGAUGGCUAUCGCGAUCAGCACCGACGACACCUUCGGGUACGAUACCAAUGUCUUUUUUGCCUGGACAAACUAGACGACCUUCAGAAACAGAUAAUAAUAAUCGGCAAGUAGUUCCUUUGCUUUCGGAACAAGAUGAAACGGAAAGCAAUAAUGUAGAUCAGAUGAACAACAUUCCAUUAUUAUCUGAACAAGAAGAAGAUCGACAACAAACAUGACGAUACGUUUAACAAUGUGUUUUGUGCUUAUAUACGAAGGAAAGAACCUAUUCCAAAUAAUUUAACUUUGAAUAAGUGCUAUAUUUUUAAUAUGGCUGGUAAACUCCUUAUUAUUAUAACUUUGUACGAAAUGUUAUCACGAUGUUAAAAUUUACAGCAAUUAAUUUCGUCCAAAAAUCAAAUAUUGCCUGCUAGAAAAGAGAAACGUUUACUGCUGUGAUUUAAUUUUUCGUUUCACUGACGAUGUCGAUGCCGUCGUAUCUUUUCUUUUUUCUAGCGAAUCUUUCAGACCGACCGAUAUUCGAUAUAGAUUAAUAAAUAAUAAUGUAAACUUUAAUCUCUGUGAAAUAGUGCGUACAAUUAACUUACAGUCAUUCAAAGAAAUACGAAAAAUAAUAAUACACCUGAAAUGUUAUGACGAUAGAUUUUAUGUAAACAUGUUUAAGCCUUGCUUGUUGAAAUUUUCGUCGAAUUAUAUAUUUUAUACAUCGAAUUUAAUUUUUGCCUAAACGAUUGUAUCAAUGAAAAGUGAGUUAUAAGUUGAUAAAACAUAUUAUUUAAUUGUUGCAUUGAUAAGUUUUAAUCGUAUACAAUAAUAUACAGUGUCCAUCCAAAAGUAGCCAGCCAGAAAGGAUUUAAGGACAAUAUACAAGUUAAAAUAGUAUGAGUUGGAGUGUGAAUGAAACGGAAAGAGUCGAAUUUUCAUGAAUCGAUGUAUAAUAUCAAUUUUAUUGAACGGUAGAGAAGACUUGUAAAGGGAAAGCACAACGAUUGCUGAAUAUUGAUAAUUUUAAUCGAAAUGAAAAAAAAAAAAAAAAAAAGCUACGAAUGAUACAGAUUAAGUAAGUAAGUAAGUAACUUACAUGUAACGAAGUAAGUGAGAUCGAAAUAAGCGCCAAAUUAAGGGAAAACGAUAAAUCUGCCGUGUCAUCAAGAUUCCAUUCAUAAUCAUAAGAUUUAAUAAAUAUUUGUUACAAUCACAAACUUUAUUCUUAACGACGUAAAUGAGAAACAGUCACUAGUAACUGUAUUACUCAUUCACUUACACAUCAUGUAUUAACAUGUAUUUUUUUAUAAAUCGGAUAUGAAAUAAAUUCAAGCUUUUACGAAAUUGUUGCAACUGUUACCGUAUUCCCAUUGUUACCAUUUGAAUGACAAUUGUAAUAAAGAUGUUCAAAAUAUCA